UCUCUUCAAAAUGUUAUUUGUUUUUGUUUUCUAAUCGCCAUUAAGUGUCAAAGUUAUUAGAGAUUCGUUACGACCGAAAAAUGCAACUUCAUUCGAUCAAUCUACAGAGUAUUGUCCAUUGACCAUUUCAGCUAUUUCAUUCACUGAAUUCCCCCCACUCUUGCACCUCCUCAUAGUAACGAAAUUCCUGAGAAGGUUAUGUACAUGUCAUGUUCUAUAUAAACCCUCCGAGGGGGAAAAUACCUUUAUACAUCACAGAAGAAUGUGUUACUAAUCGUAUGCAGUAUCUGGACCUCCUGUACAAUAAACAAGAAUGCAAGUUCAAUGGAAAAUUUCAAUAUUUGUUGGAGGAUUCUCCCUAUGACAACAUUGGCCACUUCACACUCAGACUAUUAGCAUCAACAGCCCCGGAAUCAUGGAACCACUGGUUGACACGUGAGUGUCUCCUCCUCCGACAUCGUCUGAAUCAUUUAUUACCGCGACAACUCCACAGAUUAUUCCGAAAUAUUCAGCGACGUUCAAAGAAUUAUGAUCGUCAUGAAACAUCAUGCAUCAGGCUAUCAUUAAUAACACUGUCAGCGCAUUUUCUGCGUCCCGAUGUAUUCAGGCACAUCAUCUCCAAUGAGCACACAACAGCCUGUGAUUUAUUCACUUUCAAAGUUAUGUUUACUGCGGUGCCUGAUCUAGUCAAAGCAAGAAAAUUGCCCCUCGAAAGGGGCCAGUGCAUCGUCAACUGCUCAACAUGGAAAAUAGUCCUGGAGUCAUUAUUUCAUCGGCUAAUCCAGCUCGAAUACAAUAUUCAUAAGUCUGAUAUGCAAAACGCCGUGAAAUUGGAUCCACGACUGCAGCUGAUGAGCCAAAGACUGAUAAAGUCAAUAUUGACACCGAAAAUCGAAUCGACGGCAAACAUAACAGCCUCGUGCAUCGACGACGAGGCGAGAAAAUUUCCUCCUUGCAUGAGACACUUGCACUUGGUUCUCAGGCAAAAGCAUCGACUUAGUCAUCACGCACGCUUCUAUUACAGUCUAUUUUUGAAAGACUGUGGUAUGAAUUUGGAGAAUUCCAUAAUCUACUGGAGAGAUGAGUAUUCUAAGCCGCAUAUUUGCCAGAGUGGCUGCACUCACAAGUGGCAGGAGAAUGAGAAAAAAUUUAUUUACAGUAUUAGACAUCUGUAUGGACUGGAAGGGGCAAGAGCUGAUUAUGCCUCACCGAAUUGCCAGACGAUACUCAGUGCUGAUCCUGGCCCGAGGUAUGAAGGAGGUUGCCCCUUUAAAAUUUUAGAUAUUGAACAGUUGAAGGGGGUUUUUAACUCUUGUCUGAUUGACGAAGAUAUCCAAGAGGAAUUAAUUAGAUUGAAGGGCAUAAAUAUAGGGGCCGCCUGUGGAUUAUUUCUGAAGGUGACUAAUGACGAUAAGAAUGAUAUUGUUAUUCAAAGUCCCGUAGAAUAUUAUACCCAUGUUAAAAAUCAUGUAUGAAAAAAACUGCUUUAUUGUUAUUUCACAUUGUUGUUAUUAUAAGUUUUGAAUAAAUAAUUAAUUUAUC